AGAAACUCCUCAUACCCAUUUCAAAGAAUGAAAGUAAACCUCUUCAGACACUCCCUAGUUUAGCUAAGCCCGCUGCAGCCCUGCAGACAUUCAACAGUGCAAUAUUAACACCCGUGAGCAACAAUAACACAGGCUUCUUGCGGAAUCUGUUGAACUCUUCUGGAGGAAAGACAGACAAUGGACUCAAGACUACACCCAAAAUACUUGAUGACAUUUUUGCUUCCUUGGUGCAAAACAGAACCAUUACAGACUUGCCUAAGAAACCUCAAGGACUGACUAUAAAGCCAACGAUAAUGGGCUUUGAUACACCUCACUACUGGUUAUGUGACAACCGCUUGCUAUGUCUUCAAGAUCCCAACAAUGAAAGUAACUGGAAUGUCUUCAGAGAGUGCUGGAAGCAGGGACAGCCUGUAAUGGUGUCAGGAGUGCAUCACAAAUUAAAUGCAGACCUCUGGAGACCGGAGUCCUUUAGGAAGGAAUUUGGCCAACAGGAAGUAGAUCUGGUUAACUGCAGGACCAAUGAAAUCAUCACGGGAGCGACUGUAGGGGACUUCUGGGAUGGAUUUGAAGAUAUUUCAAGUCGCCUGAGAACAGAAGAAGGAGAGCCAAUGGUGUUGAAGCUUAAAGACUGGCCUCCAGGAGAAGACUUCAGAGAUAUGAUGCCUUCUCGGUUUGAUGAUUUGAUGAAAAAUAUUCCAUUGCCAGAAUACACAAGGAGAGGCGGCAAGCUCAACCUUGCCUCUCGACUCCCCAACUAUUUUGUACGACCAGAUCUGGGCCCUAAGAUGUACAAUGCAUAUGGCUUAAUAACACCAGAGGAUAGAAAAUACGGCACAACAAACCUCCAUUUAGAUGUGUCUGACGCAGCUAAUGUCAUGGUUUAUGUGGGUAUCCCCAAAGGCCAGGCUGACCAAGAAGAAGAAGUGCUUAAAACUAUACAAGAUGGUGAUUCUGAUGAACUGACAAUUAAGCGUUUUACUGAAAGUCGAGAAAAGCCUGGAGCUCUGUGGCACAUUUAUGCUGCUAAAGAUACAGAGAAGAUCCGGGAAUUCCUUAAAAAGGUUGCAGAAGAACAAGGUCAAGAAAACCCAGUCGAUCACGAUCCCAUUCAUGAUCAGAGCUGGUACUUGGACCGAUCGCUAAGAAAACGCCUUCACCAGGAGUAUGGAGUUCAAGGCUGGGCUAUUGUACAGUUUCUAGGGGACGUAGUUUUCAUUCCAGCAGGAGCUCCACACCAGGUUCAUAAUCUGUACAGUUGUAUUAAAGUUGCAGAAGACUUUGUAUCCCCAGAGCAUGUCAAGCAUUGCUUCUGGCUCACUCAGGAAUUUAGAUAUCUAUCGCAUACGCAUACGAACCAUGAAGAUAAAUUGCAGGUGAAGAAUGUGAUCUACCACGCUGUGAAAGAUGCAGUUGGGAUACUGAGAGCGAACGAAUCCAGCCUUAGCAGACCGUGAUGCAGAAAGCCUUAACCACACACUAUGGAACGGGAGCGUUGGCAGCUGUUUUAACUACUCAGUCAGGACCUCUGUGGACUUUGAGAUUAUAUGAAUGUUACCUCAUCUUCCUUUCGGCAGUACCAGAGGAUCGUGGUACUAUGUUCUGUGUAUUCUUCCAAUGUUUACAAACCUGAUAUGUAUAUGUAGUAAUAUGUAUGGACUGUGGCAUACUGUGAAUGCUCAGUUGCAAUAGAACUUUAUACGGAGUUGCUCUCCAAACUGUACAAAAUACCUCCUAUAGAACUGUUGGAAACUAUUCCAAAUUACUCCUUUGAAAAAUACUAUUCAAGACGUUGUAAAGCUCCAAUUUUUAAAAUUUAUUUUGGGGUGGUGGGAGGAAGUACGGAGUCACCCAAUUUCAUAACCAAUAUACAGAAAGAUCAGAAUGCAGUUCUGGAAUUUCACGUUAACAUAGAACUAGCAUUUAAAAGUAGCUUUAAGCUAUUGUAUAGUAACAUAGGGAUGGGGGUUGCCCAUCUUUAGGUAAAUGUAUUUAAAUUUCUAAAUGUUAAAAGAAGCUUUUAAUCAAAUGUCUUCUGUUUGAAACUGCUCUUUAAUUUGAACUGAUGUUUGAUUCUCUGGUUUUUAACACUGAAUGGUCUACAUAAAGUUCUUCUAUUUCAGAUA